AUGACAGACCGAACAAACUUCACCGUACUGGACACAAUAUCCCAUCUCUGGGAUCACCUCGACCUGCCCCACCAAGCACUGCAAUCCCUCCAGCUGCCGGACACCAACUCAGACCCAGGACUUCCGUCAUCAUUCAAAGUCGGGCAUCUAGCACAAAGCACAAUAGCUCUUUCCGCGCUCGCGGCAUCGCUAUUUCAUGCAACCCGCAACGGCAAGCCAUCUUUACCUCGCGUGCAAGUAGCGCUUCGCCACGCAUGCGCCGAAUUCAAGUCUGAGCGCCUCUAUCGCAUCGACGGUCACCCGCCACCAGAUCCAUGGGGUCCAAUCGGCGGGUUACACGCCACGCGUGAUGGCUACGUGCGUAUUCACGAUAACUGGGCGCACCACCGACAAGCUGCACUAGAUAUACUGCGGUUACCGGGCAAUGCAUCGCGCGCCCAGGUAGCCGAGGCAUUGCUGAGUCGUUCUGCUGUUGAAGUUGAAACGGCGGCAUUUCAGUCUGGCGGAGUCAUUACGGCACUCCGCUCUUAUGAACAAUGGGAUGCUCAUCCGCAAACAUCCGCUAUCCCCGACUUGCCCAUUCAGAUCCGCAGACUAGCCUCCGACGGUCCGAAGGGCCUAUCUCCCUGGCUGAAACCAAGUAAUGACCGAUGUCUACGCGGAGUCCGAGUCCUAGAUCUCAGUCGGGUGAUUGCAGGCCCUGUUGCCGGACGGGCGCUGGCAUCGCACGGUGCAGACGUGCUGUGGGUGACCGGACCGGGAAUGCCAGAUUUACCCCCACUAGACCGCGAUCUUAGUCGCGGCAAGCGCACUAUCCAGCUUGACCUGAAUUCCACCGCUGGAAAAGCCAAACUACUGGACCUUGUGCGCGACGCAGAUGUUUUCCUUCAGAGUUACCGACCAGGCAGUCUGACAGCCAAGGGGCUAGCUCCUUCUGAUCUGGCAAGUGUGAACCCGCGCAUCAUUUACGCAGAGCUAAGUGCAUACGGAAGUAAUGGGCCUUGGAGCCAGAAUCGGGGCUUUGAUUCUCUGGUUCAGACAUGCUCGGGCAUGAAUGUGUCUGAGGCAGAGCACUUUGGAGCUGGCGAGGCAGCGCGGGCUUUGCCGUGUCAAGCUCUGGAUCACGCGGCGGGCUUUUGCCUGGCGUCGGGGAUCAUGGCGGCGUUGUAUCAUCGGACAGUCGCCGGGUCUGCGUGGAAGGUUGAGGUCUCCUUGGCUGGGAUUAUAAAGUAUCUUCGCUCGCUGGGUCAGUAUCCGGGUAACUCGGGGUUUCAAUGUGACGAUAUAUCGUUUAGCGACGAUGAUCUGGCCGAGUACCUGGAGUCAAGACCCUCUGCCUUUGGCGAGAUUACGGCUUUGAAACCUGCUGCGUGUGUAGAGGGAGCAAUGCCCGGUUGGGAUAUAAUGCCUAAGCCGCUGGGUUCAGAUGUUCCCGGAUGGAUGUCAUAA